CAAACAGUCGUGUAAACUCAGCCGACUCAACCCACUCUCAAAACCCAUGAAGCGUCCAUCCUCCACUGUCAAGCGAACCAUGCAGCUCUCUACCAUUCUCGGAGCCUCUCUUGUGGCCGUUGCUUACGCUAUCCUGCCCACGAUCAACCUGGGAUCUAUCGGUUACCCUCACGGUAGUCGGUUCGUCGCCUGGUCUCCCUUCACCCCCACCACGACGCAGGAGCUGGUCGAAGUCUGCGACAAGCGCGGCGCGAUCAAGGGCACGGCGACAUGGACCGAGAUCCGGGUCUACGAGACCUACGUCUUUGACCCCAUCUGUCGCAACCCUUUCAACAUCACCGACGACGCCACCAACACCACCUACCGCAACCUCGAGCUGGCAUGCGUGGAUGACAACGUCCCCCUUUACGCCAUGCCGGAAGUCACUGCUGUUGUCGACCGGACUACCAACAAGACCGUUGAGACGUGCGUCCCUGUUUUGAAGGACGGCAAGGAGUUCCGCAGUCUGUGCAGUGGCAGCAUCGUCUCGAUGAGUUUUGGUUGGGUUUGUUCUGCUUAGCUAGAUUUUUGGGAUGGUAGAGCGCGAAAGCCCAGGUUAUGUUAUCAUAUCUACAAGACGAAUCCGCAAACCUAUGAGUUGGCAGCAUCCAACAGCAUGGAACAGAGGCUUUUCGUUUAGUUCCUAUCGCGAGGACAAAGUUAAAUUACAAACAUCCCGUC